AUGGCGAAUUCCAAAUAUGAAUACGUCAAGUCCUUUGAGCAGUCUGAUGUCUUGCUCCCCGAUACGUGGAUCGUCGUUCGAAUCGACGGGAGGGGCUUCCACAAUGAUGGUGAUGCUAUGCUAUUCGUUAUUCGUCUUCUACUAUCCGACAAAUAUGGCUUCGAGAAACCAAACGACCGCCGAGCAUUGGAUCUCAUGAAUGCAGCCGCCGUCGACGUGAUGAAGGAGCUCCCAGACUUGAAUAUUGCAUACGGGGUCAGUGACGAAUACAGAUGGCCGACCUACUUCCCUUCUACGCCACUCGAGCCGCCACACCUCCCUACGUUUGACGGACGAGCAGUCUUAUAUCCGACGACUAAGACAUUGCGAGAUUACAUGAGCUGGCGACAGGUUGACUGCCACAUCAACAACCUCUAUAACACGACCUUCUGGGCCCUGGUCCAAAAGGGGGGUAUGAGCAAUGCAGAUGCAGAGAAGGAGUUGCAGGGCACCGUAUCAUCCGACAAGAACGAAAUCUUGUUCAAGCGGUUUGGAAUCAACUAUAACAACGAGCCGGAGAUGUAUAAGAAAGGAAGCGUUGUCUACCGCCAGUACCAACUAGAAGAACCAAACACAGGAGCAGGAGCAAGCGAAGAACAACAACCUUCUUCCGCAGCAGGAGACAAAGAGAAAGAGCUCUCCCGCUCCCAGCAGGACAAACUGCGCAAACUCCGCCAAAAGGCCAAAGUCGUGGUCGAGCAUGUCGACAUCAUCAAGGAUGAUUUCUGGGCUAGGAGGCCGUGGAUUUUGUCGAAUAGACCGGGGAAGUUACCUGUUGAUAGUUGA